UAUAAUUAACGUAUAUUUCAAAUAAAUCACUCGAAAGCGUUGAGAGCUACUGGUAACAAAAUUGAAAUAUAAUUCGGAGUGCAAAGGGGUAAGAUCACGUGAUCCAAAACAUGAUGUAAUCACAAAGACCUCGACCUGUUUCUAGACCAAAAUACUGAAACAAAGACGAGCACAACUGAAAAUCUAGUUACCCCAGCGUUUAGAGACCCGAGAAAAUCGACAAAGCACAACAGACGAAGUGACCAGAGUGUCGAGGAACUUAGGCAGAUGAUCUCGAGAGAAACGAUCAGUGUAACACACGGCAUGCACAAGCGGUAAUGACUGCGUUAGUGUAAGCACCGGUGGUUACCACAUUGCAAGGAGGGGAGGGGGAUAGGUGUGCGUAGGUAACCACAGGAAGAGAAUACUUUCACUGCCAAAGUAUGGUUGGGAGCCUACCAGAAGGACGAAGAAACCCAGUCACUGGCCAAGCCAACAAGGACGGUGAGAGUGAAAUGAGUAGGGAUUGUAGUAUCGGUACAGUACCGUAUCGUUCUUCCGAGUGUCAUUACCGAUUCCCUGGCGGUCACUCGGCGAUCGUCUCGGUUACCAGUGUGCCCGAGAACCGUCAAAAAGUUUUUUCGUACACGCGUAUCCUUGUCAGAGAGUAUCGCGCGAUUCAUUGUCACGAAUCGAACGAGUUCUGCGCGACAGACUCUGGAGAAACGAUCGAUCGGCGAAGACCAGCGGAUUUGAUGGGAGACGUUCAGCGAAGGGAAGAAAAUCGAAGAACGACAACAGUCUCCAUGAACGGGCUGGCGGAAGCAUCGCGAGCACAAUGAAGAGCAUAAACUUCCACGCGGUACAAA